UUCUGUACUUUCGUGAUGGUCACACUGAUUGAUGCACAUUUUCUUUUAAUUGUCAAGCAAGAUGGCGGAUCAGACCGAACGUUCAUUCCAAAAGCAACCGACGGUCUUCUUGAACCGUAAGAAAGGCAUUGGUGUUAAACGAAGCCGGAAACCACUGAGAUACCACAAAGACGUGGGUCUUGGUUUCAAGACACCAAGAGAGGCAAUUGAAGGUACCUACAUUGACAAGAAAUGUCCAUUCACUGGCAAUGUCUCAAUCCGUGGACGUAUCCUCACUGGCGUGGUUCAAAAGAUGAAGAUGCAGAGGACCAUUGUCAUUAGACGAGACUACCUCCACUACCUGCCCAAAUACAACAGAUUUGAGAAGCGACACAGAAAUAUGUCUGUCCAUUUGUCGCCUUGCUUUAGGGAUGUGGAACUCGGCGACAUUGUGACCAUCGGUGAAUGCAGGCCGCUGUCCAAAACUGUACGGUUCAACGUUCUUAAGGUUUCCAAGGGCAAGGGCUCCAAGAAAUCUUUCAAAAAAUUCUAAUAUAAUAAAGUUACUUUAUAAGUA